UUGAUUACGUGCUGCAGCAAGGUGGAGAAGUGAUGUUUCACUCGGGGUCUGACACUUUGCUGUCCUCCAAGCUCUGGUUUCUCAGCUUUGUCUUGGGUUUUCAUAGGUUUCAUUUUCCAUGUGGGCUGUAUUUUGUGCUUGCCUUUAAAAAUAUAAUCCAGGAUUCUACAUUAACAUUUCUCCAUUGUUAUUUCAAUAAACAAUGAAGUAAUUUUUCUGCAGAAUAUUUUGGGAUUCAUAAUGUGCAAGGUAGGAUCCUUGCUGGCUGUCACAAGGGGACAUUAUGUAACAGGGUCGAUGCCCUCCUCAGAUAACUACAAACUACAGUACAAGGUAGUGUAUGAGUAUUGGGCAUUUCACUGAGUUCUGUUGGUAAUUUCAAAGAUCAGUAACUAUCAGAGAAAAUUGGUCUAUCGGAUGGGUAGUAUUUGAACAGUCCGGGAGUUGGGAAGCUCACCGUACCAAGCAAAGAGAGGAAUGUAAACAGAGCUGCGGUUACGGCAGAGAAAGGCAUGGGGUGUGUUGGAGCAAGUCUGGAAGGGUGCUGUGUGUGUUGGGAGGAAUACCACAUCGGAGCCUUGAGUGUUUGGACAAGGAAUGUAGAUUUUUGUUGAUAGUAAUUUCAGGGACUACUGCUUUUGAGCAAAGAAAUGUGGAAAAGCAGUUUGUAUAUAGAAGGGACUGUGGAUAGAUCUGGACAGGCGUUUUUAGAGUCUAGCUAACUGGUUGGGGUCACUGAGAAGAGGGAGGGAACAGGUGUUAGUAGAAUUGGCAAAUAACUGCCCAAGUUUAGGGUGCAGGGCUAGAGGUACCAGUAAGAGAAUUAUGGUGCCUUUACCUGCAAUUGGAAAUCUCAAGAGUUAUUUGAAGUCAGAUUUUACAAAUCUUGCGUGUUGCGGUUAUAGCGCAGAAGUGGAACCAGGUGAAUAUUUGGAGAUCCUUUCUAUAUUGAAGCCUUGGGCGAUAGUGUUCACUGUGAUCACACAAACUUUGAGCACAAAGAAAGAUGAUGUUGAGUGCACAUCACACUGUAUUCAGGAACUCCAUUCAGGAGUGGGGGGCACUUACUCCAUUUUUUAAAACAUGUUUUUGGUUUUCUGAAUGUGACUUUUUGUAAUUUGAAGAACAGUAAAAAGGGUUGACUAUUUGUAGUAAGAGAUACAGUAAUGUACAGGAAAAAGAACUUCUGAAAUCUGUAGGAAAGUAUAUAGAGGGGGGGAAAAAAUCCCUGAAUUUGGACCCAUGGAAGAAUGCACAGAUUUUAAGGAGCAGGAAAUAUAAAUGCCAGCAGGAGUUCACUAUUUGAGAAAAAGAAGGCAUAAGGUGUAUAUUUGUAUCCAGUAUUGUUCUGAUCUUGUCACAACGAUCACUUUUCAAGUUUUACAUGUACAGUUCAGCCUUUCUCUUAGCAGCAACUUCAGUGUUGGUAAAUUAUUAUGCUUCUUUGCACAUUGACUUCUAUGGUGCCUACAACACAUCAGCUUUUGGAAUUGAGCUGCUUCCUCGAAAAGGGCCCUCGCUAUGGAUGGCACUGAUCGUUCUACAGCUGACCUUAGGGAUUGGAUACAUCACACUACUACAGAUUCAUUCCAUCUACUCACAGUUAAUUAUUUUGGAUCUCUUGGUUCCUGUAAUAGGCUUAAUCACAGAGCUGCCAUUACACAUCCGAGAGACUUUAGUUUUUACUUCUUCUUUGAUUCUCACAUUAAACACAGUGCUCGUCUUGGCAGUGAAACUUAAGUGGUUUUAUUAUUCUACACGGUAUGUUUAUCUUUUAGUGAGGCACAUGUAUCGAAUUUACGGAUUACAGUUAUUAAUGGAGGACACGUGGAAGAGGAUUCGUUUCCCAGAUAUCCUGAGAGUCUUUUGGCUAACAAGAAUUACAGCUCAGGCUACAGUGUUGAUGUACAUUUUAAGGAUGGCAAAUGAAACGGAUUCCUUCUUUAUUUCUUGGGAUGAUUUCUGGGACCUCAUUUGCAAUCUUAUAAUUAGUGGAUGUGAUUCUACACUAACUGUACUGGGCAUGAGUGCUGUAAUUUCCUCAAUAGCCCAUUACUUGGGCCUUGGAAUAUUGGCCUUUAUCGGAUCAACUGAAGAAGAUGACAGGCGGCUUGGCUUUGUAGCGCCUGUUCUCUUUUUUAUUUUGGCUCUUCAGACUGGUUUAAGUGGGCUGAGACCAGAAGAGAGACUUAUUCGCUUAAGUCGAAACAUGUGCCUUUUAUUAACUGCAGUCCUGCAUUUCAUCCACGGAAUGACAGACCCUGUAUUAAUGUCUCUCAGUGCCUCUCAUGUGUCAUCCUUCCGUAGACAUUUUCCUGUGCUCUUUGUCUCUGCUUGCCUGUUUAUUCUUCCUGUUUUACUCAGUUACGUUCUUUGGCAUCACUAUGCACUAAAUACAUGGUUGUUCGCAGUGACAGCCUUUUGCGUGGAACUCUGCUUAAAAGUAAUCGUUUCUCUCACUGUGUAUACAUUGUUCAUGAUUGAUGGCUACUAUAAUGUCCUUUGGGAAAAGCUUGAUGAUUAUGUCUACUAUGUUCGUUCAACAGGCAAUAUUAUUGAAUUUAUAUUUGGAGUAGUAAUGUUUGGAAAUGGGGCUUAUACUAUGAUGUUUGAGUCAGGAAGUAAAAUUCGGGCUUGUAUGAUGUGUCUACAUGCAUAUUUUAACAUCUACUUACAAGCAAAAAAUGGCUGGAAGACAUUCAUGAAUCGUAGGACUGCUGUUAAGAAAAUUAAUUCACUUCCUGAAAUAAAAGGGAGCCGCUUACAAGAGAUAGACGAUGUGUGUGCGAUCUGCUAUCAUGAGUUCACAACAUCUGCUCGCAUCACACCGUGUAAUCAUUAUUUCCACGCACUUUGCCUUCGGAAAUGGCUGUACAUCCAAGAUACCUGUCCAAUGUGCCAUCAGAAAGUGUACAUCGAAGAUGAUAUUAAGGAUAAUUCAAAUAUCUCUAACAACAACGGAUUUAUUGCACCCAACGAAAAUCCAGAGGAAGCUGUAAGAGAAGCUGCUGCUGAAUCCGACAGGGAACUGAACGAAGAGGACAGUACAGACUGUGACGAUGAUGCUCCAAGAGAAAGAAAUGGAGUGAUUCAGCACACGGGCCCAGCCGCUGAAGAACUUAAUGAUGAUACUGAUUAAAAUAGCAUUUACUAAUCAUUGAGGUUAUUUGUUUAAAAUUCAGUUCAUCCAAAAUGGAGUAAUACGCUUCACUUCAGUGUGUAACCAAGCACAAAAACAGUAUCCAUGUUCAAUCUGUGAAUGGUUUUCCGUUUACUGUGAUGUGCUACUGUAAAUAUACCUCUUUAAUUACUUCUGGUCUCUUUGGUGACCUAUUUAAAUUUGUGUACAUUAUUGUACAUAGAAUAAAAUGUUUUCACGUUUUUAUGACAAAAUUUGAACAAAUAGCUUUUUAAUAGAUGUAAUGAUAAUACAGUGCGUCAGCUGUGCCAAAGAUUCCUCAAUGAAAGCAUAUAAAAGUAUCUAACUCUG